AUGAGGUCGGCUCACGGCGACCAUGGAGGGACGGAGUGGGAGGGGCAGUCAAAGCCAGUGCUUUUGGAUGCCGCGGAAGAGUCCGUGGCGGACGGGGAGGUGAUGUUGCAGGGGAGUUUCAGUGUUAUGGGGGAUUUUGAUGUGAUGAUGGUGGAAGCUGCUUGGUUGCAGGGCGAGGCGGCGAGUAACCUGGUGCAGGUACAAACCGUUGCUCCUGGGACGGUGGAACUUUCAGCUGAUUCCUCCAUACCUCAAGACCCAGAAGUCGAAUGGGAAGAAGAUGAUCAGCAAGCUAGAUAUCAGCUUCCUCCCUUUGAUAAAGAUGGUUUUGGAGCUUCUGAUCUUGUCUGGAGUAAAGUACAAGGUCAUCCUUGGUGGCCUGGUGAGAUUUUUGAUCCUUCACAUGCAUCUGAACUGGCAUUGAAGCAUCAGAAUAAGGGCAACCAUUUGGUAGCGUUUUUUGGUGAUAAUACUUUUGCUUGGUGUGAUGAAUCCCAGUUGAAGCCUUUCAUGGCAAACUAUUCACAAAUGGAGAAACAAAGCAAGUCUGACGCCCAAAGCAAGUCUGACGCCCUCACCAUUUCAGUUAACCAUUCACUUCAAGAACUCUCAAGUCGAAUAUUGUCGGGGAUGAGUUGCUCUUGUCUCCCAGAAGAGUUCUGUGACAAUGGCAUGUCUUAUGUGAUCGAGAAUUCCGGGCUCAAGGAUGGAGUUACUUGCUCUACGGUUAGCCAGGAUGAGACCUUGAAAUAUUUCAGUCCACGAAGCCUUCUUCGUUAUGUUAAGUCGUUGGCUCUGUCCCCUGGCCAAGGAGGUGAUCUGCUGGAUUUAGUGAUAGCUUGCUCUCAACUCAUGUCUUUCAAUCGUUCCAAGGGAUGUUUUGGAAUUGCAUCGCUUCAAACUGAGAGUGCAUGGGCCGAGAAUGGCAUGGAUAAUUUAUCUACCAAGAAUGUCAUGUUGGGAGAAAAUCUGACCAAUGAAGUGCAACCUACCCAUUUUAAGCCCAAAAGAGGCAAGGGGAGAUCGCGUGAACGAAAACCUGAAGACAACUUAGAGUUGAUGAAGAAAAGGCCCGUUGUGAAGCCUCAGAAUGGACAAACAUUUCAUAACAACACUGGUGAAGUAGAAUGUAGUGAAUUUGACAUCUCUAGUGGUGUUGUAAAUGAACUCUCCGUGAAGAAGUGGGCAAAAAGGAGACGCAUGCAGAGGAACCAUCAUGUGGACCCAAAAGACUUGUUAGCAAACGUCCGCUCGGCCGCCAUAGAGCCAAUGAAUGAGUGUAGUUUCUCCGGGAUGGCAAUCAGUUACUUCAGUGAUUACAGAAAUUUUGUAGUUUCAGCUUCUACUGAAGUGAGCAUCAUUGGAGAAGUUGAUGGGAAGAGGAGUGGAAUGCAGAAAACUUUGCCUUCUCCUGAGGUAGAAACAACUGAUCAUAUGCAGGACGCCUACUGGUCUGGACUGAGUUUACAUAAUGGCCCGAUUCAUAGCGUUAGAGGACAAAGUGGCAGCAAAAGGCCGAUCCGUAGGUGGAGAUCUUCACGAGGGACAUCUGUGCCUUCAUCAGAUCUUUCUUCCCUGGCGAAGUAUCUGCAGCCUGGAGCGUUUGGUCCCAACAAAAAGAUACAAGUGAUAGAAAGACCAAUUAUCCACGUUGAUGAGAAGAUGCACCAUGAGAUGAAGCCCACUGCACUUGUUUUGAGUUUUGGCUGGUCAACUGCUCUUCCUUCAGAAAGGGAUCUUAUUAGGUUUUUCAGUCGUUAUGGACCACUAAAACAAACCGAGACUGAAGUGCACAAGAACACAAAUACUGCUAAAGUUGUAUUCAAGAAAUGUGUUGAUGCUGAAAGGGCUUUCAGUAUUGCUGGCAACUUUAAUUCUUUUGGACCUUCACUUAGCAGUUUUCGGCUUGUGACUAUGCCAUUCCUCCUAGACACGACCGAAACUGAUUCUAAGUUACGCCCUGAAGAUAGCGGCCUGGAGAUUCUUGCUCCUAGGGUGUCUAGAGUUCCACUGUAUUCAACACAAGUUGACAUUGUUGACAAAGGUGAAGCUAUAAAGGGAACAUCGCUUGAACAAGCUGACAUGGUCAAACAAACAGGACAACAUGAAGUCACAAAUGAAGAGUCACUUGAUGAUCUCUCGGAUACCAUGCAAAUUGAAAUUGUAGGUAAGGUCCCGAAACACAGUCUUGUUUGUGUUGUCGCAGCCUCCAAAGAUACCACGGAAGUUGAUAAUACGGAUGAAGCUCGAGAAGAGGACAGCAUACCUUAG